AAUACAAGAUGGACGUGGGUUUUUUGUCGUCGUACAAUUACAACUUUUUCAUUAUUUUUAGUAUGUGAAAACGUUUUGAAAAUAACAUUAAAAGGCAAAACAACAAGCUAAAGUUCUGGUAAAAAAUCUGCGUUGAAAAUUUCUUUGUAAAAAGCGAAAAAUACAAAUAUUUGGAAGGCGUCGCGUGAAUCGUUCGAUUUUUAUACAAAUUUUUACAUUUGCACUGCUACGCCUCUGCGGAUUUUUCCAAUCGUGUGUACAUUUGUGCGCGCGUGUGUGUGCCGUUGAAAACGGCAGUUUUUUGUUUGGUGAAAAAUCGAAGUUUGUUACGCCGCUGCAGUAUUUCACCGUCGCAUAGUUUGUAUGUGUGAAAAUUUGUGGCAAUUGCACCAAGAAAUUGGGAAAAGUAUGUGCGUCCAAUGAAGUGCAUUUGGUGUCGUUUUGAAUAUUGUGCAAAAUAUUAGUGAACUUAAUAGCAUAAUCUGCAUAAACCCACGCUGUGCCAAGAUAUAAUUUGCAAAGGGCUCAUAGAAGUGAAACAAAAUUGGUCCAGUCAAAUUACAAGGACGGUUGAGCAAAAGCAGCUGUUCAUCGCAAGCAUAUACAUAGCAAAGCAGUCCGUUUGGUUUUUACGUCUAGCGGAAAAUUAACAACAAAAACGUGAAAGGGUGGAGUUAAAAGAAACGACGUUGCAACUGAAGCAACCAACAGCAACAUCGCAAGUGAAGCAAGUGACAUCACAAACACAGAAAAAGCAAGAAACAAGAAAGCAUUAGGAAAAGAUUUAUUUAACUCUUCUACAACAAAACAACAAAAAAAAAAUACUGUCAAACAUUGCACAUCAACAUUAUCACCACCACCAACCGCAUCUCCAGCUUUCAACAUUCAUCUCAUUUAAUUUUUGGCAAAUCGAUAAAAUCCUUUAAUUGCCAACAUCAUGACUGAGGAUACAGAAUACAAGAAAUUACCGGUAGACGAGCGUUGCGUGCACAAAUUGUGGAAGGCACGUGUCGAUGGCUAUGAGGAAGCAGCCAAAAUUUUUCGUGAAAUUGACGAUGAAAAAUCACCAGAAUGGAUGAAAUUCUUAGGCCUCAUAAAAAAGAUGGUCGUCGACUCGAAUGUUGUUGCACAGGAAAAGGGUCUUGAGGCGGCAUUGAUAUUUGUUGAGAAUUGCGGUCAAGCCGGCAAGACAGUGGGCGAUGUUAUGGCUGGCAUUGUGCAGAAAUGCAUUGCUGCGCCCAAAGCAAAAACUAAAGAUUUGGCAGUGCAGAUAACGCUCAUGUAUAUUGAAAUAGAGAAGCAAGAGGCAGUCAUAGAGGAGCUUGUGAAGGGUAUGGAGCAUAAGAAUCCAAAAAUUGUUGCUGCUUGCGUGUCUGCCACAACAUUGGCACUACGUGAUUUUGGCAAUAAAGUUGUGAGCGUUAAACCGAUGAUUAAGAAAUUGGCACCGUUGAUGAGCGAUCGUGAUAAGACAGUGCGCGAUGAAGGCAAACAGUUGGCAAUUGAGAUUUAUCGCUGGAUUGGCGCCGCCAUGAAACCACAAAUCACCUCAUUGCCGCAGGUCACACUCAAAGAGCUAGAGGAUGAAUUUGACAAACUCAAAGGAGAGAAGGCUGAACCAGUAAGAUAUUUAAAAUCGCAGCAGGAAAAACAACAACAGAUUUCUGCCGCUGCUGCCGAGCACGAUGAAGCAGGCGACGAUGAAGACGGCGAGGGUGAAGAGGCCAUUGAUCCUAUGGAUCUCAUUGAUCCAGUUGAUAUACUCUCAAAGAUGCCUAAAGAUUUCUAUGAUAAAUUGGAGGAGAAGAAGUGGACGUUGCGCAAGGAAUCCUUGGAAGCACUCGAGAAGCUUUUGACAGAGAAUCCAAAAUUGGAGAAUGGCGAAUAUGGCGUGUUGGUCAGUACACUAAAGAAAGUCAUCACAAAAGACACCAAUGUGGUGUUGGUUGCAAUGGCCGGAAAGUGUCUGGCGAUGUUGGCCAAUGGAUUGGGCAAGCGUUUUGGCACCUAUGCAAUGGCCUGCGUUCCCUCUCUACUGGAGAAAUUCAAAGAGAAGAAGGCAAAUGUUGUCGCUGCGCUGCGCGAGUCCAUGGACGCUAUCUAUCCAUCCACGAAUUUGGAAGCCAUGCAGGAGUGCAUCGUCGAGUCGUUGGGCAACAAAAAUCCUAACGUCAAAUCUGAGACAGCUUUCUUCCUUGCGCGUGCAUUUGCGCGCACUCAGCCUACUGCGCUAAAUAAGAAACUGCUCAAACUCUAUGUGACCACACUAAUAAAGACGUUAAAUGAACCCGAUCCUACUGUACGUGACGCCUCAGCAGAAGCUUUGGGCACUCUACUCAAACUAAUGGGAGAAAAAUCUGUUGGACCUUUCCUAAUUGAAGUUGAUGCACUUAAAAUGGCAAAAAUUAAGGAAUGCCAGGAGAAGGCUGAGAUUAAGGUAAAAGUGGUAGGGGUCAAGAAGGAACGUCCUGCUACUGCGCCGGCGUCAAAAACAUCAGUGGCAGCCGCCUCAUCAGCUGGUAAUGUUGGUUCAGGUGCAUCGUCUCGCAGCGGCUCCACUGAACCGAAAUCCGUGUCGCGUCCUGCUACGGCUGGCGGCAAAAAGUCGGGUGUUAAACGCGUAGCAGGCGGUGGCAGUGCAGCACCACUUUCCAAAUCCGCUAGCAGCGCCAAAGUGUUGGCCACUGAGCGCGAGCUGCCUUUGGAAGAGGUGCAGGCCAAGGCUGAGGAAUUGCUGCCGCCAGAUGUGCUCUCCGGUUUGAUAGAUACGAAUUGGAAGAAUCGUUUAGCAGCUUGUGAGAAUCUCUUGCAAACUAUAGGUGACUUUGACGCCAAGCAAACUGGAUUGUCGCAGACCCUUGUCCGUACGGUUAGCGCACGCAAGCCGGGCUUAAAGGAGAUGAAUUUCCAAGUGCUGAAGCAUAAACUUGACAUAAUUCGCAUUGUUGCUGAAACUUACCCGCUUACAACAACCACAACUGAUCUUGUUGUCAAUGAAGUGACCGAAAAGUUGGCCGACAUUAAAAAUGGCGCCACAGCCGCUGAUGUACUCACCGCCUUUGCUGAAGCCACCAAGUUGGAGCACAUUGUAGGACGCGUACUUACCUUCGCCUUUGAUCAGAAGUCGCCGAAAGUGCAGUCCGAAGCUUUGAAUUGGGUGAGCAAGGCUAUACUGGAAUUCGGUUUUCAGUUACAACCCAAGCUGCUGCUCGAAGACGUGCGCAAAGCAGUGCAAAGCACAAAUCCUACUGUGCGUGGUGCUGCUAUUUGCCUGCUCGGCACCAUGUCCUUGUAUAUGGGCAGCACAAUAAUGAUGUUCUUUGAAAAUGAGAAGCCCGCGUUAAAGUCACAAAUUCAAACUGAGUUGGAUAAGAGUGCUGGCGAAAAGCCACCAAAACCAGUGCGUGGCGUUAAGAAGUCAGCUGGCAACGCAGGCGGUGCCGCAGUUGAUGCCGAUGACGACGCCUGUGAUGAUGAUGAGGCGCAGGAGCAAAUGAAUUUGGCUGAUAUGUUGCCGCGCAUUGACAUUGCACCGCAAAUUACCGAGACGCUCUUGAAGGAGAUGUCCGACAAAGACUGGAAGACACGCAAUGAAGGCCUAAAUAAACUGCAAACCAUUAUUCUCGAAGCUAAAUUGAUUAAGCCCACAAUUGGCGAUUUAGCGCCGGCACUUGCGCAUCGCCUGCUCGAUUCGAAUGCAAAAAUCGCGCAAACCGCCAUGUCUAUUUGCGAGCAGCUAGCCAAUGCCAUGGGCUCGAGCUGUAAGAAUCACGUUCGAACUUUAUUUCCCGGUUUCCUGCAUGCGCUGGGCGACAACAAGCCUGCUGUGCGCGCCGCUGCCCUGAGUUGCAUCAACAGUUUCGGCGAGAAGGGUGGCUACAAAGAGUUCUUUGAGAGCGAAAUGAUUGCUGAUGCACUGAAGACUGGUUCGCCCGCGCUCAAAUCGGAGCUAUGGGGUUGGCUGGCCGAGCGUAUGCCUCAACUGCCACCAAAAUCGAUAUCCAAAGAGGAGUUAACCUCGAUGGUACCACACUUGUAUGCGCACAUCUGUGAUCGCAAUGUAGAUGUGCGCAAAAAUGCAAACGAAGCCGUUUUAGGCAUAAUGAUACACCUCGGUUUCGAGAGUAUGGUCAAAGCGCUCGAUAAACAGAAACCCGCCUCAAAGAAGGAUAUACAGGCAGCAUUGGAUAAGGCACGUCCGAAUCUUCCAAUGAAACCGUUGCCUAAAGGCAAGCAGCAAGCGCCAAUUGAAGAGCCGACAAAGAAAGUAGUGCGUGGCGGCGGCGGUGGCGCGCAAAAGAAUGCUGCAGCCAAGGGCGGCGCUGCUGGUGCUGGUGAUAAAACCGGCGCCGCUUCGUCACGCAAAAAGGAGGAAGAUGUUGACACAUCGCCAUUGCUGGCAGUCAAUAAUUCUAAAAAUCAACGGUUGAUUGAUGAACAGAAAAUGCGCGUACUCAAGUGGACAUUCACAACGCCACGCGAGGAGUUCAUCGAGCUUUUACGCGAGCAAAUGACCACGGCCAAUGUAAACAAAGGACUAAUGGCCAACAUGUUUCACGAUGACUUUAGAUACCAUUUGAAAGUUAUCGAGGCUUUGAACGAAGAUUUACCCAACAACAACAAGGCAUUGGUCUGCAAUCUGGAUUUAAUAUUAAAAUGGCUCUCGCUGCGUUUUUACGAUACGAAUCCUUCAGUUUUGCUAAAGGGUCUCGAGUAUCUCAAUCUGGUUUUCCAGACAUUGGUCGAAACGGAGUACAUACUCGCUGAAAACGAAGGUAGCGCAUUCAUACCACACCUGCUACUGAAGCUCGGUGAUCCCAAAGAUGCUGUGCGCGUUGGUGUGCGGUCGCUUCUACGUCAAAUACUACUCGUCUACCCCUAUACCAAAGUAUUUGUGUACGUUAUGGAUGGACUUAAAUCAAAGAACGCCCGUCAACGUACCGAAUGCUUAGAUGAGCUUGGCUAUUUGAUUGAAAACUAUGGCUUAACGGUAUGUCAGCCGUCACAACAGGUAGCAUUGAAGGAGAUUGCGCGUCACAUUUCCGAUCGUGACAACUCUGUGCGCAAUGCGGCAUUGAAUUGUGUAGUGCAGGCAUAUUUCUUGGCUGGCGAAAAGGUCUAUAAGCUAAUUGGUCAAUUGAAUGAGAAAGAUCUGUCCAUGUUGGAUGAGCGUAUAAAGCGCGCUAAGAAAACGCGUAAACCAGCACCAGCUGCGGCAGACACUACAACAGCGAUUGUUGGUGUUGGUGGCGGCGCUAAAACAAGUGCGCAGGUGGUGCAACAGGAUAGCAUAGAAAUCGAUGAGCCGGCAACGAAUGGCGCAUGCGAUGAGCUGCCACCGCCAGACGAGCAGCCAACGCCGGCAGCAAGUGUGCAAUUGCAAUCGAAUGCGAAUGAAGCAAAUGCCAGUACGGAAGCAAAAGACAAGCCCUCAUCACGAUUCUCUUAUCUAACAGAUGCCAAUUUCCAACAUCAAACCACCGCUGCUAGCGGUUUGGGCAGCAGUAGUGGCGGUAGCGCAGGCGGUGUCAAGACAGCGGAUCCCGAUUUUUGGAUGGAUCGCUUAAAUCAUCUCCUUUCGAAAGCAAAUCUCGGACGUAACGCUGACGGCAUGAGUGGCACGCACUCAAUGCUCAUGGACAAUAAGGUGGCAGAUGAAAAUCUGAAUUUAAAUACAAUGAAUGCGCAACAGAAGAUGUCUUCGCUUAUACGAAGAGAUGCGAGUAAACCAGAGUUGUCGCCAAAUCGCCUGCAGCACUUACAAGCUAAGUUAGCGGUUUACAAAAAGGAAAAUCACGCUUAGAUGGGAGAAAGCAUGUGGGGGUAUUACUUAUAGGCAGUCAUACAUACAUAGGUUGAAUAUGAAAGCGGCAAGUUGGCGAUAGAGCGCGGUAGCUAGUGUUUCCGUUGGCGAAAAAGCAUUGUUUAGCGGCAUCAAAACAAAAAGCAGAAAACAAACAACAAGGCAAAUGCAGAGUUGCAAUUAAUUUGCAGUAUUUGAAGCGCUACCAGCAAACGCUGAAGGUAGUAAAAGAAAAGCGCGAAAAAAGUAAAACAUAAAAGUAGAAGAAACAUCAUAUUUAAAUGAAGUAAACUAGCAUAACAGCAGCAACUACAACAACAAUAAGCAAACCUAUAUACGAAAAUAUAAAUAAGUUUAAUUAGCAUGGAAAAAAGUAGCAGCACCAGCAGGACAUGCCACAGAACGAAUGCAAACACGCGUUAAAAUCUAAUAGAAGCUUAUCGUCGGUUUGCGUUAAAAGCUGAUGAUAGACCACUGGUGGGGAAAGCGGAGUAAACAAGCUGCAAG